UUGCCAGUCGUUGCUGCACGGACUCAUAUUCAGCUCGGACAGCAUUACAAUCGGCUUCUGUUUGAUUAUUUUCCAGCGUUAAAAUCAUCGUAAAAAUAUCUCGCCGCUUGGUUUCUUUGCGGUUUUAAAUUGUUAUUUUUCGGUGAACUGAAACGUUAACGGACGCUCGGUGAGAGUCGGGCGUCGUUAACGGAAAAGGCCGAACACGGUGAAUCGCUAACAUGCUACGUGUACAGUAACGGUUAGUUAGCUUGCCCGAGGGAGGCAGUUGGUUAUAACAGACAUGGAUCCAGAGCGAACCGGUUCGAGACGUGGAUUUUUAACUUUUUAAUGUUUACUUAGUAAAUGUACAAGCUGUGAAGUUGAGCCGUGGUCGAAGAGUUCGCCUGCGGGACUGGCGGGUGUCUGAGAAAGGAUGGAGGAGUGAAGAACAACACGGCUGCUCCUGGCGUUGGUAGUUUGAGAAGUUCUGUGGUUUGUUUUAUUUACUAAGCCGGACUGAAACGAGGCAGCUGAGAGGCUGUAAAGAUGAUGUACUCAUCCAGAAGAAAGCCCGUCCUCUACUUCAAAGAGGAGAGGAGAAAUGAGAUCUCUCAAGUUCCCCAUCCGGAGGAGAAGUGAGUACUGCAGUUUGGUGCUUCAACCAGUGGUUCCCAAACUGUGGUCCAGGGACAUUAAAAGGCCGGCUGAAGUCAUUCCUGCCAGGUUCCUGUCGGGUAAAUGCACGGUAUACAAGCUGUUCGGCCUCUGCAUGGUGCUGCUGUUCGUCUCUCUGUUCUGGCUGCAGUUCAGCUGUUCGGGUGACAUGUCCGCCACCAUGCAUGAAGACAGACUCCUCCACCAGCAGCCGCCGCCCUGCCCGGGGGACGUUCAGGCGUCUGCAGCGGACGACCCCUCCUGGGGUCCUCACAAACUGGCGCUCAUCGUCCCCUUCAGAGAACGCUUCGAGGAGCUGCUGGUGUUUGUUCCCUUCAUGCACACGUUCCUCAGUAAGAAGAAGAUCCGCCACAAGAUCCUCGUCAUCAACCAGGUGGAUCACUACAGAUUUAACAGAGCAUCUCUGAUCAACGUGGGUCACCAGGAGAGCGGUAACGACACAGACUACCUGGCGAUGCACGACGUGGACCUGUUGCCUUUGAACGAAGCUCUGGACUACGGUUUCCCCGAGGACGGACCUUUCCACGUGGCCUCGCCCGAGCUGCACCCGCUGUACCACUACAAGACCUACGUAGGAGGAAUCCUGCUGCUCACCAAGAAGCAUUACCACAUGUGUAACGGGAUGUCAAACCGGUUCUGGGGUUGGGGCAGAGAAGACGACGAGUUCUACAGAAGACUGAGAAAAGCUGAGUUACAGCUCUUCAGACCGAGUGGAAUCACAACGGGAUAUAAAACCUUCCUCCACAUCCACGACCCGGCCUGGAGAAAGAGAGACCAGAAGAGGGUCGCAAGUCAGAAACAGGAGCAGUUUAAGGUGGAUCCAGAGGGGGGGCUGAGUAACCUGCGUUACCAGGUGGAGUCCAGGCAGGAGCUGACCAUCAGCGGCGCUCCCUGCACCGUCAUCAACACCAAGCUAGAGUGCGACCAGAACCAGACUCCCUGGUGUCUCCUGGCUUAGAGGACGUACGCAGGACGGGUCCCGUUUGUUCACCUGGAGGCUUUAAUGUUCUUUAUCAAAGAGUGCAACAGAGACUUUUCAGUAGCACUGACGGAUCUGCCGCUGCCCUGCCCUUCCAGAUGUGGGGGGGAAAUAACGGUACAAACACACACAUAUUGAACACUGAUGAAAGGAAGCGGGACACAAGCUUGUGGUAACGCAGAGCUCAAUAUCCCCCAGGAUCAAACAAACUACCUUUCCCGUAUAAACAGGUACAUCUCAACAAUAAAGCUGCUGUUUUACAAGCCAGGGAACAUUUUCCAGUGGAUUAAAACCUCGUACUCGUGGCUUCUUACCUGUCAAACUGCUCAGGUCAGUAACAGAACAUACUGACGCGAAACGUUUGGUGCCUGACGACGGAGACGGACUGUUAAACCAAACCAGACUAAACUAAAACAGAUCAGCCUGGUCGAACCUGAGCUGUUCUGAUUGCGUCAUCUUUGAUUUUGGUACCUGCUGGCAUUAUGUGAAAGCAAACUUAAACAGUCUAUUUUUGUUUUUUGUACUUUGGGAUUGUGCAAAUGGAGCAGAGGUUAUGGAGGGACGGCUACCAACACAGCAUGCUGCACCAGAAAUGACAUACAUCUGCCAAACAUGCAUCACACUGUCAUGUUGAUUCAGCCUUUUAUCCAUGUUGGAGAUAAAUUCUUCAAAAGCAAAAGUAUUUCACAAAACUACUAACAUCAAAAGAAUCUCUCCUGCCGACACUGUUUUUAAAGGAAGUCUGUUGAAACUCUUCGUAUCUAACGGGGGAAAGCAGGAAGUGUAUUCAUUUUACAUUAACAUUUUUACAGUAUGUCCUUCUUUAACAGACGCACACUGAAUUCACCAAAGAGAACAAAUGAUUUCAUAAUCAUGACUUCUGUAUCCCGUAAUAACGUCCUAUGAGUUUGCAUUUUGUAAUUAUGAGAAAACGUCUCCAAAUUAAUUUUCUUUAGUGAACGCGGUCUGUUUCUGUACUAUAUAAAGUAAACUGAGCCAAACCAGGCUGAACUGAGCUGAAGCAGGCGCUGAGAUUGUUUGUUAAAGGGAGGAACUUUGCCUAAACGAUGAGCAUGAAACUAAAGGUCAAUUUAUACAUCUGCGUUGAAUCUACGGCGAAGCCUGACGUGCAAAAUGUUACUAAACAUCGCAGCGACGCAGAACUCAAGCAUUUCCUCCUACACAUUUCCAGCUUAUCCUCCUUCCUCAUCUGGUACAUACAGUCUCCUCCGACACCUUCUCUCAUUUCAAUAGUAAUCUCACUAAAAGUAACUGUGCGGUGUCGAUCAGCUCCAACUCUCAACAUGAUCCGCUCACUUUCAGUCGCCAUUGUUUGUAGUAGCCCACACCAAUGAAGAAGAAGCCACAUUAGAAACCACAGUGCCAACUACUGUUUUGGCAGUGUAACUGCAGAGCGACGCAGACACCAAAUGCUCACGAUAGUGCGUAGUCUCGACACAGAAAGUAUAAAUUGGCCUUAAACACAAGCGAACAUUUGUUGAAAUGAUCAGAUAAUUGAAUCCAGCAUCGGACGGAUUGGUGUCAUCUUCAAGAAAUAUGCCUGCUGUUUUUUGCUCAUUAUUAAAUUCAUUCGAUUAUUCUCUUGACUUUAAUGUUUUUGGUCUGUAAAUGUGAGACAGCAGUGAAUAAUGUCCAAGUUCCCAGUGACAAACAAAGCACCACAAGGUAGGCUCACGAGCUGUUCUGGAGCUUUUGAUCCCCUGAUCUUCCUCAGCAGAUGGGAGUGUUUUUGAGCGCGUACAUAAUAACCAACUAGUAAUCUAAACGUUUAAAGUGGCAUGGACGGGAAGUCCUGUGAGCGCUCGGGAAUAAAAGGCAUGAUGGCAAGUUGGCAAACUCCUUCAUCUGCUGAUGAAGAUCAUGUGAGAUGAUCAAAAGUUCUAGAACAGCUACUAAUGGAGCUUCAUCCUUCAAAAUGACUUCAAGCAGUCCAACACAUGCAGACGUUCAGCUUUCUGUCGUUUAAGACGCAUAACUAGUGAAAUCCUCACUCCCCAGAAGCUGCAGCUAGAUGAUUAUUGAUUGAUCGACAAAGCGGAUGCAGAUUAAUUUUCAGUCAAUCGACAAAUCUAUUCAGCAGGUUCCUCCUCAGUCAAGACUUUAUUUUAAAAAAUGUAUAUAAUUUAAAAAUAAAACCCAAUGUCUGCAAGCAUUUUAUCAAUCGGCUCUUACAAAAGCAUGAAAGAGUUCUUUCAGCCUUUAAUCCUCCCCAACAGUGACACUCGGUGUUGGUGAGUGACCAUCUUUACCUACUGAUCAUUUCCUGUUGCACUAGUGAUCUAAAAGAGAAGCAAGGUGAUGAUGACGAUAAACAUACCUGUAGUCCUGAAUUUUCGCUGAACGACCUCAGGCCCAGAGAGAAACCAGAUGGGAAUGUAUUUAUUUCUUUGGGAAGUAUUUUUUAAUGUAUUUCUGAUUAAAAUUUUGUUUUAAAUUAUUCCUUUUUGUUUUUAUAAAUUAACUGCUUCAUUGACCUUAGAUCCACAUGUAGAGUGAAAGGCUGCAAAAUAUAAUAAAAUAUGAGAUCUAGUUUAAAAGAUGAAAGCGUUAAAUGUGUGUAAAGACACGGCUGAAGUUUUAAGUAUUUUCAUCGUAAAAUUUACUUUUAAAGUUAUUGUGUCAUUUUCUUGUGAAUCUGCAGACAGUACUCGGUGCCCUUGCUUCCCACAGUUGGAGCGUACAUUUAAAAAGGAUAUAAAGGCCUUUAAAAGUUGAGAAAAAAUUAAUGUACAAAUUGUUCAGGUGUAAAAAGUUCCAUUUUGUUCGUUGGUGGGAAGCUGGUGAGGGAUCUCUCUGUUACAGCACAUGCUUCAGCUCUCAGAGACGACACAUACCCCCCGUCCUGAGGAAAAACUGGAACUGGUUUCAUAUAAUUUUUCCGUGCAAUAUGCUGAAUUUGGCACCCUGAAAUACACAAGAGUCAUUGAAAAGUCCUUGAAAUAUAUCUUCUCGAGUUCCUCUGAGUCUGUCAGUAUAAAUGUGACCCUGCAGAAAUGGUUCUGUUACAGUGUGGCUUUUAGUUUAAUAUUCAGAGGGCUGCUGUCGCUGUCUUGUUCUCUGCUGCUGUUAUGUACUGGUCAGCCUCCGGAUGGCACUCUGGAGUUUUUAAGGGCCAUAAGCAAUGGUUUCAGACCAUCUGUACAUUUACAGGCCGUGAUGUCAUGCUGUUAUACUUUUAUUUCCCAGACAACGGUACCAUGUUUUUGUACAAUAUUCAGUAUUUAUAUAAAGUCUACAAAAAUA